CCCACUAGCUCAACCGGGUCCGGGUCAACCCGCGGGUUGACAACCUUGUUCAAAUUCCUCGGCUCCUCUACUCCUCUUCGUCAUGGACGAUAUAUUAACAGUACUAUCGUCUAUCUAUCUAUCCCCCACAUAUCGCAUAUCGGCAUCUAAUCUUCCUCCCGUUCCUCGUCUUCGUCAUCCAUUGCGUAGGUCUUAUUCAUAUUAUAUAACUUGUGUAUUUCCCCAUCCAUUUCGGCAAUCUAACUCCUGAGCAUGGGAGUCGACAUGAUACUAUAGCGCGCAGCGGCGGCGGAUCCAGAACACAAUAACGCACUGGGCCGCAAUUCAUUAGAAAUUAGAUAUCGUAAAAAGGAUAAUGGAGUCUACAUCCAUAGCAAUAGUAUGCUUUGUUUCAAAUAAAAUACUUGAGCAACCGAGGAGUAAUUCAUCGCUCAUUUUUUUGGGCUAUUCAGUUUUCACAGUUUCAUUGUUGAUAAGGUUUUGGCCGUAGUAGCUGUGGAAACGGACAACGUCAACACUAAAAUCAACCGACUAAUCAAUUUCCAUUAUGUGUCCAUCCCUAUAUCCAACAGCUGCUCUAGUAAAUUUUCAAUGGAAUAAAUCUCAUAUUUCUUUUAUUAAUCUUUUACGCUUUAGAAUUUUAGGUUCCGUUGUUUUUGUUUAAACGAAAAUAUUUGGGACUAGAAUUUAUAAGCUAAAUUUAGACUAAUUAUUUGAAUAUGUUCAUACGAAUUAUUUUUCUAGUUAUACACAAUCUUAUUAUAAAAUAACAUUAAACCGAAUGUCUAAAAUCAAAAUAUUUAUAAGGACUAUACUUAACGUAACUUUGAAUCCAAAGAGUUGGCCAACCCCUGGAUCCGCCAUUGAUAGCGCGGGCACCGGGUGGGUCAGGACGAAUUUAGUCUAAAACGCAACAGAUCACCUGUGCAUUAAAAAAUCUGCAAUAAUAUUUGUGACCGGUUAUUCCUCAAUAUUUUCUUCCUAUGAUGUUAGGUGGGUGGCAUAUGGGUUAACCCGGAAACAAACUAAUUACUUAACUAGUUGUUUAAGUUGAGGCACCUCUUGUUUUUGUCUCUCGUGGCAUUUCGGACGACAAUAGUGGCGGAGAAUGGAUCGGUGGCAAAAGCGAGACAUUGAUGGUGCCGUCUUCGUAUUCGGUUCGAUUAAUUGAAGUUUAUUUUCUAAAUAAUCCCUACCACUUGAUCAAUCUCAAGAGUCAAGGCUAGGGUUAGCGUUUGUACGAUGAUAACAACUUAUGUGUUAGUAUAAUAGUAUACCUUGUCUAUAAUAAAGAAAUUAUACGUACCAACACAAAAUCAAAACAAAUACCAACACAAAAUCAAAACAAAUAAAUGUUAAAGAAAUUAUGCCAACACAUAUAAUCAACACACAAAUACAACUAAUCGACACGGUAUCACAAACUUAACAAAGCAAAUUAUUCAAAGCAUAGCCUAGAAUAAAAAGGAUAAAAUUAGCACAAGUGGAAUCCAAACUAACUUUACAUUUCUUUCCUUAAUCAAAUCGCCAUUUGCAUUUAACAAUGAAGCUUCACAGUAGUUAGGAAAAGGGUAAAAGGGGAGGGACAGCACUGUAACUUCAUCAACUUUUGUCGUCUUCUCUCGAUCCCAUUAUUUACCCCACCAGGCAAUACCUUAAAUCCUUAAUUACCUCCCUCCUUCAAAACAAACCAAAACGAUUCAUCACCUCUCUCUCUCUCUGUCUCUCUCUGUCGAUCAAACUCCAACAAAGGCAACUUCCAUUCCUCGCCGGCAACAAGAACCACCAUGUGUGGCGGUGCUAUCAUCUCCGACCUCGUACCUCCCACCGCUCGCGGUGGCCGUUCCUCCUUCAGGAAGCUCGCCGCCGAUUUCUCCUGGUCCGGGCUCAAGCCCAACUCAGUCAAAAACAACAACAACAAGCCUUAUGCCAAGCCCGCCGUCAUAGAUCUCGACGAUGAUUUCGAGGUCGAUUUCCUCGAAUUCGUGGACGAGGACGACUAUGAUGUGGACGUUGACGUCUUGGCCGAUGUCAAGCCCUUCGCUUUCUCUGCCCCUCCUCCUCCUCCUCCGGCUCGUAGCUCCGCUGCUUCCCGCGGAUAUAGAGCUGUGAAGCCCGUGGCAUUCAGCGGUGAAGCUGAAAGAUCCGCGAAGAUAAAGAGGAAAAGCCCGUACAGGGGAACCAGGCAGCGUCCAUGGGGCAGAUGGGCCGCAGAGAUCCGCGAUCCGAGGAAAGGAGUCCGCGUCUGGCUUGGAACAUUCGGCUCUGCCGAAGAAGCUGCCAGAGCUUAUGAUGCCGAGGCUCUCAAAAUCCGCGGCAGGAAAGCUAAGGUCAACUUCCCUACUGAAGCUGCUGCUGCUGCUGCUGCUAAACCUAAGCAGCUCCCCACAAAGAGCAAAUCGGGCCCGGACUAUGCUGAACAAGAGUUCUUCGACUCUAUGAGCUAUGUGGAAGAGAAACCAUCACUGAAUUAUCAAGGGAGCGAUUCCUUUGAUUUCUGUGACUUUGGAUGGGCCCAGCAGGAAGGCCCAAAGGCUGUGUUUCAAGCUGGGCCUGGAUCCAAUGACUCUGCUGGUCAGGUUGCUGCCCAGGAGGAGAACAACAUUGGGAAGUCGUUUAAGUGUGAGGGAGAGGAGGUGUUUGGGUUUGAUAGUGAUAAGUAUCUGCAGAUGCCGUAUAUGGAAGGAGGCUGGGAGGCUUCCCUUGAGAAUCUGCUCAAUGGAGAUACAACAACGACGGCGAGGCAGGAUGGUGGGAAGACAAUGGAUCUGUGGAGCUUUGAUGAGCUCUUCGACUUGGCUGGAGGAGUUCAUUGAGUGAUCACCACAUUCUGCUCUGCUGCUGGGCUGUUGUAAAUAAAGGCGCUACAAUUUUCGUUUGUUUUGUUUAUUUUCAGUGGAGUAUUGGAAUGGGUAAAGGGAAAGAAGUCAGGUUGGAUGGAUGCGUAUAUAUGUAGCCAGCAGCUUUUGUGUAAGAGUGGUAGUGAAUCGAUAACUAGUACUGUACUGAUGCUGUUUUCUAGAAAAGAGGAGACACUUUUAAGAUGUUGAAUAAUUUGACUGUUGUGUGUAUGCCAUAGGGUUGCAAAUUGCAGUUCGAACUCGUUUAUUGAAAUCUUAGCUCUAGUUUAUUUCUGAUUUGAAUUUUAGAUAGAUUCGUUAACGAGCUUACGAGCUCCACUCGAGCUCACGACUUAUGAUCAAUCAGCAAGCGAGCUGUAGUUCAAGCUCAAACAUUUUUUAUUUAUUUUAUAAAUUUUACGUGAAUUG